GCCUUUUCUACGGAAAUGUUUCAUGAUCGACUAGGAAUGCCUUGAAGAUCAACCAGUCCACUGGUUGGCGACCACUGGUUUAGAGUUUAGAUUUUUGCUUUGCCUACUAAAUUAAGAUCUAAACCAAAGAUUGACCACAGCCCGUCAUUUGAAAUGGGAACAAAUGAGUCAUAGUGCGCAGAGCAAGCAAGGAGAUGGGCAGAGCCAAGCCCGAUUUAGCGAGAUCCUAUUGGCGCGUUGUAGCAUACAUUUGAAUAGUUACGUUCGGGAACUCAAUUCGCCUUUGCACUCCUUUUAAACAAUGCCAUUUUUUUCUCAACUUUAGCCAAGGGUAAAAUCUACAAAACUUUGUCCACUAUGUUCGUAACAGAUUAUAGUUUUGACAACAGAAAACUGUAUUGAGAUCAAAUGUUUCAUCGAAGAGAAAACUUGCAGAAUUUCGGACAAAAUGCAUCUCGUUCCAGCUUCUCCCACUGCCGGACACUUGGCAACACUUGGCACUUGGAAACACCAACAGGAUGCUUCACAUUUAUACAUCCGGUGAAAUAUUUGUCUCAUUGUCCUAUCAGUGGCUAAACACAAACUGCGGUCUCCUACCAGUUACUGGCGGUAAUGAGCGGGUUUCCUCCGCCGUCGUAAAGAGAAGAAGAAAAUCCGGAACUAGGCUGCUCUCGACAAAACGUCAGAUGACAGGCGAAUCUAAACAAUAACAAAUACACACCCCACCAGAUUAGUUAUACACACCAUAUGCCAGGGUUAUAAUUUACGGGGUGAAGAAUGGCAUUUAUAACGGCAAACUGGAAUCCGCUCGGCGAAGCGUUUUACAGGAAGAUCGAGCUGUAUGAGAUGGGAUGGAGCUUGAGAGAUGGGCUCAAGGAAUGCCUGGUGGCAGCAGCCCCAUACGGGGGACCGAUCGCUCUCCUAAGACAGCCACAGAGGCCUUCCUCCAGCGCACGGCCCCAGCUGGAGAUCUACUCCUCCUCGGGCGCAAACAUGGCCAGCUUCCCGUGGAAGAGUGGCCCAGUGAGACAGCUGGGUUGGACGGUGUGUGAUGACCUGCUGUGUAUCCAGGAGGAUGGCACUGUCCUCAUCUAUGACCUGUUUGGUGCCUUCAAAAGACACUUCAGCAUGGGCAACGAGGUGGUUCAAAACCAGGUGCUGGAAGCCAAGGUGUUCCACUCGCCCUACGGAACCGGUGUCGCCAUAGUAACGGGAGCCUCACGCUUCACCCUGGCCACGAACAUUGACGACCUGAAGCUAAGGAGACUCCCGGAAGUCCCAGGCCUCCAGGGGGCACCCUCCUGCUGGGCAGUGCUGACUCAGGACAGACAGACCAAAGUGCUGCUGGCCAACGGAGCUGACCUCUACAUACUGGACAACACAUCCUGCACCCCUGUGACCCCUCCAGGCCUCUCUCCCCAGGCCUGUAGCAUUGUGAACAUGGCUGUGUCAUUCAGCUAUAAGUACCUGGCUCUGUUCACAGACUCUGGACACCUGUGGAUGGGCUCAGCCAACCUCAAGGACAAGCUGAGUGAGGUGGACACCAAGGUGAGGACCCCCCCUAAACAGAUGGUCUGGUGCAGAAGGCCAAAGAGCCAGCAGCCCUCUGUGGUCAUCAUGUGGGACAGGCUCCUACUGGUGGCCGGAGAGUGUACAGACACCAUCCAAUACACUCUGGAUGAGGAGAGUGUGUGUGUAGCAGAGCUGGAUGGAGUGAGGAUCGUAGGAGGGUCCAGGCAUGAGCUUCUGCAGGAGGUGCCCUCGGCCUGCCAGGACAUCUUUAAAAUUGCCUCCAUGGCUCCUGGAGCUUUACUACUGGAGGCACACAAGGAGUACGAGAAGUCCAGUCAGAAGGCAGAUGAGUACCUGAGAGAGAUAAAGGAACAGAGUGUGUUGGGGGAAGCGGUGAGACAGUGUGUGGAGGCUGCUGGGUAUGAACAUGAACCAGAGACCCAGAAAACACUGCUCAGGGCUGCGUCCUUUGGGAAGUGUUUUCUCAGUAACUACCCACCAGAGCCGUUUGUCAGUAUGUGUCGAGACCUGAAAGUUCUCAACUCUGUCCGAGACUACACUGUGGGGAUCCCACUCACACACACACAGUACAAACAGAUGACUGUUCAGGUCCUCAUUGACAGGUUGGUGUACCGUAAGCUGUAUCCCCUGGCCAUUGAGAUCUGUCGCUAUCUGAAGACACCAGAGUACCAGGGAGUCAGCAGAGUUCUCAAACACUGGGCCUGCUGCAAGGUCCAGCAGAAAGAAGAGCCUGAUGAGUCCAUAGCACAUGCUGUCAGUGUGAAGCUGGGUGAGGCAGCAGGAAUCUCCUACUCUGAGAUCGCUGCCAGAGCAUAUGAGUGUGGCAGGACGGAACUGGCCAUCAAGUUGUUGGAGUUUGAGCCUCGUUCUGGGGAGCAGGUCCCCCUACUACUGAAGAUGAAGAGGAGUCAACUGGCCCUGAGUAAAGCUAUAGAGAGUGGAGAUACAGACCUGGUUUACACGGUGGUGACAUACCUGAAGAAUGAGAUGAACAGAGGAGACUUCUUCAUGACGCUCAGAAACCAACCAGUAGCCCUGAGCCUCUACCGGCAGUUCUGUAAGCACCAGGAACAGGACACACUGAAGGAUCUGUUCAACCAAGAUGAUGACCAUCAGGAGCUGGGUAACUUCUACGUCAAGGCCAGUUACAAGGAGAAGAAGCUGGACGCUCGCCUGUCUCUGCUGCAGAGUGCUGUGGACGAGUACAACAAGGCCAAGAACGAGUUUGCAGCCAAGGCGACAGAGGAGGAGAUGAAGCUGCUACGGUUCCAGAGGCGUCUGGAUGAGGAGAAGGGAGAGGCUCUGCUGGGCCUGUCUCUCCAGGAGACUCUGCAUGCCCUCCUCACCUCCAACUUCCACAAGCAGGCUGAGCAGCUCUACAGGGACUUCAGAGUACCAGACAAAAGGUACUGGUGGCUGAAGCUGACCGCUCUGGCAGAGAAGGAUGACUGGGAAGAGAUGGAGAAAUUUGCCAAGAGCAAGAAGUCCCCCAUCGGCUAUCUACCCUUUGUGGAGGUGUGUGUGAAACAACACAAUAAGUACGAGGCCAAAAAGUAUGUUUCCAAGGUGACCCCAGAGCAAAAGGUCAAAGCCCACCUGGCCAUAGGUGAUCUGGAGGGGGCAGCCGAGGCAGCUAUAGAGAGGAGGAGUGAAGGAGAGAUCAGCACGGUCCUGUCCCGCUGUUCUCCCACCACAGACCGAGCCCUGCUGGAGAGACUCAACCGAGCCAGAUCCACUGCCGCCAAAAAGUGACCUUCCUGAAAUCCUAUUCAAACCACAAAAUAUCUCACUGUCAAAAAAGUGAGCCCUAUCAAAAACGCACUAAGAGCUGUAGCUGUUGAAAAGUGACCCGUCAACCACUAUUCACCCCAGCUCCAGCCUAUGUCCUGCUUCUAGCACGGUUGGAGGGGAAGGAGUGAUUUGGGAAAGAAAGACAUUCCAAGCUAACACACACACACACACACACACAGGUUAGACAAGCUGAUAUCAACAGCACUACCAAUCAUGAAAGAAAUGUGCCUCUCGACUGUCUGUUUUAGCCAAGAGAUGCAGUGAAAUUAUCUCAAUUCGCAAUGAAUUGCAUUCAUAUUGUAUAUCCUGUGUUUUCAAAUCUGUUCAAAUGAAGGAAGUGAGAGAAGUGCGGACACCACUUUUGACUAUUGAGAAGCACAGAUUGCUCCCAUUUACUGUCUGCUGUAAACUGCUGGUGUUACUGACUCUCCUCUCCAGAUCAUGUGAUUGUCAUAUUAAUGAAACCAUGUUUGUGUUAUUCACACACUGCAGACCGUUGUCUCAUGUUGUAUCAUUGGAUAAAUGAAUUCCUUUGUAAAGGAGCUACAAAACGAUAGAGGAACACUGGUACUCAGGAAUGGGAUCGGUGUCCUAUGGGGAACAUUAUGGGAACUAGGCCGCUGUAGAAAACAAGAAACUCUAAAUUACUGUUGCUUUCUGUAACAAUCAACAGGGCAUAUUGUAUGUAGGCUAUUGUGUAAAAGCAUCAGGUCAGAAAAUUAGGUUCAUAAAUGUUGCUAGACGACAUUCAACAGCUAUACCGGUAACUACAGGUCUACUGUAUGAUGGGGGAAAUUCAUGUGAAAUGUUACAGUAUAAAUUGGAAUUUAUGGUCCGAAUUUACGACGCUUCCACACACAAACUUGGCAGAGGAGUCGGCCAAGUAUAUUCUCUCAAACGUGUCUGGUGUAUUUGCGCAUGCUUCUUCAGUUCAGAUAGAGGUACGGCUGGGGGAGCGGGGCUGCGCCUGUCACGCGGUCUGUUUAUUUGUCUGCCUGUCAGCGGCGAGACACUCGCUGUCACUGAUUCAGAAGCUUUUCUAGCGACUUCCGUGUUUAAAACAGGUAAUGUAGCCUUGUCUGUACAAUGUGUUGUUGUUUUCUGAGAAAUCAUAAACAAAGUUGCAAGUGAGUGUAAGUUGCAAGUUAUAGUAUCCUAGCCCUAGCCAACAGUUGGCUAAAAGUAAAAACAAAUCGGUGUAGUGCAGUCAUUUAUAUGGGGGCUACUUACAGAAAUGAGAGUGAGUGAAGUAGAGAUAAUUCAACAGCUGUGCAGGCUACUGUGUAUAACUCGCAGAGUUCCCUGUUCAAAGGCACUUACAUAUUUUGUCUUGCCCAUUCACUCUUUCACUGGCACAAAUACACAAUCCAUGUCUCAAGGCUUAAAAAUCAUUAUUUAACCUGUCUCCCCAUCAUCUACACUGAUUUGAAGUGAAUUUAACAAGGGAUCAUAGCUUUUACCUGGAUUCACCUGGUCAGUCUAUGUCAUGGAAAGAGCAGGUGUUUUUAAUGUUUUGUACAUUACUGGAUAUUAAGAGUAACUUUCUUGAAAAAAAAAAAAGAUUAUGGGAAACCAGAUGUUUUAGACUUCAUUUUGACUGUUUGUUGCAAAAGUGAUAUACUUUUAGUGGUAAAUCUAAACGACCCGGAUCUUUGUGCCCCCUCAGUGUCUUGUUUUGCUCGCUUUGUACGAAAUAAUAAAAUGCAGUACGACAGGA